AUGCCGCCUCCUCCAGAUCCUUGGGACCCCCAUGUCCCCUCCCUUCCAGAAGAUGCCGAACCGUCUCGGCAUGCCAACACUCUUGAUCCUGACGACCCUGAGGCUUCACACUUUCUCGACAAUCUCGACAUAUCUGCUUUUGGGCCGUGCGACUUUAAUUUCUCGUCUCUCAUGGAUCUUGAUCAGGUUACCGAUCCCUCUUUACCAGAGAUUCCGGAGUUGAACAUGACCGACAUGUUCACGAUGCCCAUCGGAGAUUUCACUGUGGCUGAUCUUCCCGUUCUUGAGGCCAGCGACUUCCAAGCCCCCACAACGUUUGGUCCCGAGUCGACCCUGGUCUCCGACCAUUCCUGGCUUCACGAUGCCCCCGGCUCAACCGAGUUCGGGUUUCCGGCGAUUGAAGCACCUGCCAGUUUCCCUGAGCCCUCCAAUGUCACGAACUUCUUGUCGCCUUCGCUUGAUUCCAAUAACCUGGGACUGCCAGAGAACUGCCACAACUGGAGACACGAUGGAAAUACCAGCCAGCUCCCAAGAGACUUCAGGAAGCCGAGCCCAGACAGGAUAAGGGAGGCCGAGAAGCAACUUCUUCGGGAAUACCCCUCAGGCACUGCCGUUGACUUCCUCUGGGGCACCGAGAGACCUGACAGAUUCCACUGGGUAUAUACACUGGCAUUCUUUUGUAGCGGCAAAAGAUCUUCCAACCCUCAUGAGGAGGAGGCCACCAAACCGAUCCGUUCGUGGCCCCAACCUGAACACAGCCCCGAUGACAUAUUAAUGUGGUUCUACUGUCGAUAUGCGGAGUUAUGUCUUUUCAACUACCUUCAGGAGAAAGCCAACAAUCCCAGAAAAGCCACUGAAGACCAGAAAAUGUUCAUCUACAGCGCAUUCUUCAUUUUGAAACACAGUAUAUCCCAAGGACGCCUAGACCCUCUUGGAACGAGCCUCAGCGGCCAUGAUAUGCAGCGCGAGAUACAAGACCACUUGGAUCGGCAAACACGCGUCCGAACUGCGCUAUGGAUCUUUGCGUCUGUUUUUAUCUCAAAGCUCCCGGCUUAUACAGACUUCUGGAAUCACCUGCCCCAACAAGUAGACUUCUUCAGGCGUGGCCCUAGAAAGAAUAUGCGGAAAAGUCUGGCAGACCUCGAUACGGAUCUGCUUCUGUCCUCAGAUGAUACCUUCAGUCGCAAGAGAAAGCUUUUGAGACAUCUCUUCUCCGGUACCCUGCGAGAAACCUCCGGACAAGACGACUCUCGCUUCUUGUGGAGAGAUAUGCGAUCCACCACUCCGCAGGGCAUUGCUGAGCUUGAGCACAUUAGUGCCAGUCCGCUCGGUGAUUUGGCCGACAGAGCUAGGCUCUAUGAACAACAUGAGGCCGAACGAGUCAUGAUCCCCAAAACGAGGGAGCAACGAAAUGAAGCUGCACACCGCUUCUUUGGUGGCCUUUUGUCGAUGACCGAGUCGCCAGUCAUUCAAAAUGAGGCAUCAUUUUACCAGCCCGAUGGAUCUGCUCGUCCUUCUUCCCUCUGUUUCAUGGUUUUGUUUUCCAUUUUCAUACACCGCAUCCCGGGACGCUGCGCCUAUCAUGCUGGGAAAUACGCGGAGCUGCCAGCAGCUGGGUGGAACAAUAUGAACUUUCAACUCUGUGAAGUUCAUAAAGUACAAAGCGGUCUCGACGGAGCAGAGGAGUGUAUCAAGAGGUCGCACCGCUGGUUGAACCUGGCCAGCCUACUCGGGGACGGAGCCUACUUGAUGGGAGGGACUAGGAAGGUCGAUCGGCAUCCCUUCCUCGACGUUGAAUACGUCAUAGACCAUGGCACCGAGGGUGAUUUCUCGCGACUAAGAAGGCUCUUAUCACGCAAUGGUUCUUGGAUUAGGGCAAUUUGCGUUGAACUAAACGGCCUUGCCCAAGCACUCAUCCAGAUUUCCGAUACCGACCAGCUGGCCAAGGUGCGGCCUUUCCAACGCCUACUUUAUCGGAAAUGCCGCAGCGCAUUUGCAGAAAUUGUCUCGUCUGAGGGAGGGGCUAAGCUCACCCUUUUGCAGCAGCUGGGUCUGGAACAUAUGAAGAGAACUCUACUUGAUCUCCUCCCCCCUUCCUCAGAGGUAGAAGAAGGCCGCAGGUGGGUUCGAAACACUUUCAAGCUUGCCAUCUUGGAGGCUAUCGAGGACAUAUCUAGAGGGAAAGAAGAAGCACCUCCGGAAUCUCAUAUAGUGGCAUGGAUCUGCUAUCCGGGGCCAAAUCCAACACCCAUCUACCCUAAGCCCGAAAGUGCGAAUAUGUCUCCAUCAUCGCGUGCUCGCCACUGGUGGCGUGCAAGUAUUUCAAAGAACGGACUGCAGGUUUUGCAAGCAGCUCUUGGACUAUCAGAAUCGGACCAACCGUCGCCUAUCAUUGUGGCAAUCGACUUUGAGCAGACUAACAACUUGAAGAAUGGUUUUGUUGAGAGUCAGGACUCCCAGUUGGGUAUCGCCGCAUUCGACACCAAAUUUUUGUCCCGGCCUAUUCAGGAUGAAGAGGACCUAAUCACGACUGAAAACUACAUCACAGGGUCAGAGUCUUAUGUCAAAAAGGCUUCCAAUAGGUUUGCCUUUGGGGAGUCGACGACAAUACAACCGACUGAACUGUGCGUCAAAUCGACAGAGCGCUACCUGAAGACCGGUCAAUAA